UCCUGAAAGAGGCCUCUCUCACUCUGCCCAACGACUCCUCAGGCUCCCACCCCGCCGUUCACGUCACCCUGCUUCUGAAGGGUGGGAGCAAGGGGAGCCUGCUGGUUGCCAUGGCGGCUGGCCCCUCCUUGCCCGGCUGCAGGCGCUCAUCCCCUUUUCAGACAUCCUGUUGUGUCUGUCAGUCCCAGCCAGAGCCCCCCACCCACCCAGCUUCACCCAUUCCCAGGUUCCCAAGACAGUCACACACUCAGCCUCUGUGGCACUCAGUGGCCAAGCUGGUGGGGGGAGGGGGUGUGCACAGGCUGGGGACACACUGGAAUAUUCACAGACUCUGUGGCAGCAGAAGCAACAGAGGAGUAGCCCACCCCGAAGGGACCCCUCAGGAAUGAAGCAGCCUUUCAGGGCCAGAGGGGCUGCAGCCGCCCCUCUUCUCCUUAAAUAGCCAGCCUUCCACUCGUAGCUGCAAAGAGCCCACUGCCUCCACCACGCUCACCUGCAACCCAGACUCUGGCCUCUUCUUCUGGACCAGCUGCAAGAGGCUUACACAAGGCAAGGGGUCUGUGUCCAGAGUCCCAGGUUGCAAGGACAGUGAGCUGGAACCCAGCACUCACACUGAUAGCUGCCACAGAAGCCAGGCAGAGGAGACUGAGGCUAAGGGGAGAAGAGGGCCCAACAGAGGAAUCCACUGCUGCCUGACCAUGGUAAGAAAGACCACUUGGUUGGCUUACGGUAGCACCUAGCCAGGGCAGGGGCCUGAGACUGUGGAUCAGCCCCACUGACAGCACCUAAAUCAAAAAUAGGCAGCGGACCAGGACUUUGCCCAAGAAAGGGCUUCCUCGGGUGACAUGGACUGCAGGGUGAUGCAGAAUGCAGCCCGUCCCUGCUGAGGGACUUGCAGUCCCUCCCUAUAAGUUCCUGAGUUAACUGAUUGUUCUUUAAAAUCUCAGUGUCCUUUAAACUGCACAUGCUGAGCCGCUGCUUUAGAGAGCCAGAGUUUAACUGGUCAUUUUAAACCCGCAGAGCUGCCUGCGACAAAUAGUCGCUGAACAACUGAGCAAUUUACACACUCAGCUUAGCCAUAAAAGGUUCCAGACCUACAGGCCUUGAGUGACUCAUUCGCGACCCUCCUGGAUACUCACCAGGAUCUGUUUUCCUUCUUCUUCUUUCCAGUAAACACUCCCCCACCGAGCGAGACCUUUUAUCUGCGCUUCUGUUUUUUCAGCCCGUGAGGCAGCAGGCUUGGGUCUAUGCAGCUUGUAGGAGAUAACAAGUUCAGAUUUGGAGGGACCCACCGAGACUGGCAGGAGGCUCACCCACAGCUCUGCUCCGGCUACAGCAUGAACGGCCUAGAGAUGGCCUCCCUGAGCCCCACCAGCAACUCCUCCCUGGCCACAGCUGAGCGGUGUGGGCAGGAGACGCCACUGGAGAACGUGCUGCUUGCCUGCUUUUACCUCCUGGAUUUCACCCUGGCUUUCGUGGGCAAUGCCUUGGCCCUGUGGCUUUUCAUCCGGGACCACAAGUCAGGCACCCCAGCCAAUGUGUUCCUGAUGCACCUGGCAGUGGCUGACUUAUCCUGUGUGCUGGUCCUGCCCACCCGCCUUGUGUACCACUUCUCAGGGAACCACUGGCCAUUUGGGGAAAUCCCAUGCAGACUCACCGGCUUCCUCUUCUACCUCAACAUGUACGCCAGCAUCUACUUCCUCACCUGCAUCAGCGCUGACCGCUUCCUGGCCAUCGUGCACCCCGUCAAGUCCCUCAAGCUGCGCAGGCCCCUCUAUGCCCACCUGGCUUGUGCCUUCCUGUGGGUAGUGGUGGCCGUGGCCAUGGCCCCACUGCUGGUCAGCCCACAGACGGUACAGACCAACCACACGGUGGUCUGCCUGCAGCUCUACCGGGAGAAGGCCUCCCACCAUGCCCUCGUGUCCCUGGUGGUGGCCUUCACCUUCCCCUUCGUCACCACAGUCACCUGCUACCUGCUGAUCAUUCGCAGCCUGCGGCAGGGCCCCCGCGUAGAGAAGCGCCUCAAGAGCAGAGCUGUGCGCAUGAUCGCCGCCGUGCUGGCCAUCUUCCUCGUCUGCUUCGUGCCCUACCACGUGCACCGCUCGGUCUACGUGCUGCACUACAGCAGCGGCAGGGCAUCCUGUGCGGCUCAGCGCGCCCUGGCCCUGGGCAACCGCAUCACCUCCUGCCUCACCAGCCUCAACACGGCCCUCGACCCCGUCAUAUACUUCUUUGUGGCUGAGAAGUUCCGCCACACCUUGUGCAACUUGCUCUGUGGCAAAAGGCUUGUGGGGCCACCUCCCAGUUUUGAGGGGAAAACCAACGAGAGUUCCCUGAGUGCCAGGUCCGAGCUGUGAGUCUCAGGCCACAGCCCCACAUGACAACCUUGGGCACGUGCCACGCGACCCAGCCAGAGAACCCCAUCUUCCCCAUCUGCAUCCUGGCAGAUGACCUGAACUCUCAGCUAGUGCCCGCCCCUCCUUCCAAGGCCUGCAGGCUGAGCUCGCCGAGCCCCUAGCUCAGUCUUCCCCACAAGCAAGCCCCUGGAAAUGCAGGGCCAACAGUGGAGACUGAUAGCUGCCGCCUGCAGGGACUGCACUGAAUGCAGCUCCCAGACGCUGGGGGACUUCCUCCCUCAUAAAAGAGACCACGGUUCCUUUUUUGCCAGUCAGGCUCGAAGCCUCCUACCCACCACAGUAAAGCCCUGCAGAAAGACCCAGGGCUGCACGGGACCCAAGAGAAGAGGCAGCAUGGUUCUCAGCUCUGGGUGUGGGGUAUCCAAAUAUUUCUUUUAAAGUACAAGGUUUCUUGAGGCCCCUCUGUGGUACCUUUGCCAAAUGACCCCUUUCUGAGUUUAGGGGACAUAAACUUAUAGCCAAACACUGUACGUACACCUCAGAGGUUUGCUGGGUGAUGCCAAGGAAACGUGGCCCAGCUCAGCUCUGGGUUCCUGCCCCUCCCGGUGCAAACCCAUGCAGCUUGCUAUAGGUUGACAAUCCAAGCCCCUCGGCAGGAGAAGGCGGCCUCACCAAGCACAGGACAUGGUGGACGGUCACCAGGAGCCAACCGCAGGUGGGAGCUGGUGUGUGAUGGUCUCCCCUGCUAGCCCAGACCUAGCAGGGGUGUCCUGAGCCUCGCUCCUCCCAACAGGCCUGCAAACUGCCGCCCUGCUUUGCCAUCGCUAGGUAGCAUAUGCACACCAUCCUAACCUGUCUUUUGUGUACUGGUUUGUGCUGAUCAUGAAUAAUCUGUAGCUUUAAGAUGAAGAAGGGGUUAUUGUUCGCUGCAUAUGGUGCCCUCCCCAGAACUUCCUUUCCUUUGACCUGAGAAUGGCAUACUACUCACAGGCACCAUAGUUCCCUUGCUGUGCUUCUGGUGGCCCCAGAGACUGCCCACCACAGACUCCGAAGUCCCACAUGCGGAGCUGUGUGUGCAGCAAGGGCCGGGAGGGCUCUGACAUGGGCCCAGCACUCCCCCUCAGAGCUGUGGUCCUGCCACUCACUCCAGCUCUGUGCUUCGUACUGCAUCCUGCUGCCUCUAGUGCUUCAGCCUUCUCUG